AUGGAUAACCCUUCUGUCAUCGUCGGCAUGGCCUGCCGUGUGCCAGGGGCCACUACACCAAGUAGACUAUGGGACAAUAUCGUCCAGAAGAGAGACCUCUGGCGGAAGAUGCCGAAGGACAGAUUCAACAUUGACGCUUUCUUUCACCCAGAUGGAACCCACAAGGGAACGAUUAAUGCCAAAGGUGGCUACUUCCUUGACCAACCUCUUGGUCAUUUUGACAAUGAGUUCUUUCGCAUUUCGGGUAAAGAAGCUGCUGCAAUGGACCCUCAACAGAGGAUCCUUUUGGAGGUGGUUUAUGAAGCACUCGAGGAUGCUGGGAUCCCUCUGGAGGAUGUCCGCGGGUCCAACACCUCGGUCUACUGUGGAACAUUCACCAAUGCGAAUGAUUACAACUCCUUGCACGGAAAGGAUUUGGAGUACUACCCAACUUACGCCAUCACUGGCACUGGUAAUCCCAUUCUGAGUAACCGUAUCUCCUACUUCUACGGUUUUAAUGGCCCAAGUAUGACCAUUGACACUGCCUGUUCAUCCUCUCUUGUCGGCCUGCAUCUAGGAAGUCAGUCACUACACAAUGGGGAAGCAGCAAUGGCAGUGAUUGUCGGUUCUGCCCUUCAAUUUGCCCCAAAUGUAUACCAGACCCUAGCCGACAUGGGAUUCUUAAGUAGCGACGGUCGCUGUCGUUCUUUUGAUGCAGAUGGCAGCGGUUAUGUUCGUGGUGACGGAAUAUGUGCAAUUAUCCUCAAACUUGAACGCGAUGCGCUUCAAUGUGAAGACCGUAUAAGAGCGAUAGUGAGGGCCACAGCUACCAACCACGAUGGGAAGACGGAUGGGAUCACGCUUCCAUCCUCCGAGGCUCAAGAAGCUCUAAUUCGUUCCGUCUACCGAAGCUCUGGGCUCGAUCCUGACCAUACCCAAUUCUUUGAGGCCCAUGGAACUGGGACCAAGGUCGGUGACCCUGGGGAGACCAGAGCUAUAGGCUCUGUUUUUGCAACCAAAUCGAGGGAAACUCCUCUCUUUGUUGGAAGUAUUAAGGCGAACAUUGGACAUUUGGAAGGUGCAUCUGGACUUGCUGGUUUAAUAAAGACUGUUUUGGCGAUGGAGAAUGGCAUAAUCCCUCCCAACAUGCUAUUCAAUAAACCCAACCCUGACAUUCAUUUCAGAGAGUGGAAGAUCGAGGUCCCCACUACUACAGUACCAUGGAACAACAGCACCGGCAUUCCACGGCGUGCAAGUAUUAACUCCUUUGGGUAUGGAGGGUCAAAUGCACAUGUCAUAUUGGAGGCCUAUGACAACCCCCCUGCCUGCCCACGGACUCUCCCUGGAGUGGCAGUCGACAGUUAUGACCGGCCAUUUCUGAUUCCAAUUUCUUCCCACUCAGAACAGGGUGGGAAGCUGUCUGUCAACGCCUUGAAAGAAUAUAUCGACAAAAAGACUGAUCUGGAUACCGAGAGCCUAGCAUAUAGUCUCAGUUCUAAGAGAACUAUGCAUGCCUGGAGAUCAUUUGCCGUUGGCCACGACCGAUCCUCUAUAAUUCAUGACCUGGACGUCCCGCGAACCACAGCUGCAUGGAAUACGGCGCCAAAGGAAGCUAAUCGAGUCGGAUUCGUCUUCACGGGCCAAGGUGCUCAAUCCUUUGAUAUGGGGAGACAACUCAUUCAGCAAUCCCCGCUGUUUAAAAACACCUUGAGCAAAUGUGACAAUGUCCUCCAAAGUCUCCCUGAUGGACCUUCAUGGUCAAUCAUCAGGGAGCUCCUGCGUGACAAAGAAACCUCCAGACUAGGACAGUCUCAGUUUUCCCAGCCUAUCUGUACUGCAAUACAGCUUGCAUUGGUGUGUCUGCUCCGGCAAUGGGGUGUUGUUCCCACCGCAGUCUGCGGUCACUCAUCGGGUGAGAUUGCCGCUGCUUACGCAGCAGGUAUACUUUCCCUAGAUGCAGCUAUCAUAGUGGCCUACUACCGGGGCCUCCACAUGAAUGCAGGCAUUGGUAAGUCUGGUGCAGGCGCCAUGAUGGCUGUGGGCAUGAGUCGGGAUGACGUCCUCGUUGAGCUUCAAAAUUACCAAGAACGGUUGACCCUGGCAGCUAUCAACAGCCCUACAAGUGUGACGGUCUCUGGUGAUAGGGACGCGGUCGCUAACCUCCAGGCAUCUCUGGAGCAUCGCGGGAUCUUUGUGCGGCUGCUCAAGGUUGAGCAGGCCUUCCACUCUCAUCACAUGUUCCCACUUGCUCCAGGCUAUGAGCGCUCGUUGGAAGACAAUCCAUCAUUUACUACGCAUAAAGCCACCUGCCGCAUGUUUUCGAGUGUCACAGCACGAGACCCGACUUCGCAACAAACGGAUGCUUCCUACUGGGUACAGAACAUGGUACGCCCUGUGCGGUUUAUGGACGCUCUAGUCGGGACUGUGCUCGAUGAGGAUGAAGAGCAAAACGUCGACUUACUUCUAGAAGUUGGACCACAUCCCGCUUUGAAAGGCCCUUCUCGCGAGAUCUUGUCUGCGCUGAAGCUCAAUAUCCCGUACUUUGGUACCCUCGCACGAGGUGUGCCUGCCUACGAAAGCCUUCUCGAAGCUGCCGGCCAGCUGUUUGCUGCUGGAUACCCCGUGAAUCUUGAGGCUGUGAAUAAGAACCACGCCAUAAUUGGUGAUUCAGUUGUUGAAGAGUCUAAUGCUACCAGACUCCAUGACCUUCCUUCAUACUCCUGGAACCAUAAAGACCAUUGGUUCACAACACGUUUGGUUGACGAAUAUCUUCAUCGACCAUGGAGACACACUUUGCUCGGCGCCCCCGUACCAGGUGCUGCCAAAAGCAUGCCUCGUUUCCGGAACUACAUACGUCUUUCCGAGAUCCCUUGGCUCAAGGAUCAUGUCAUCGACUCGAAGGUUGUGUUCCCUGCCGCCGGGUUUGUUUGCAUGGCUAUCGAGGCAGGCGCUCGCCUCGAGAGCGAGAGGGUGCGCAUCAAGAAGAUCAAGCUGCGGGACGUUAUCGUCAAAUCCGCUUUGACUUUGAAAGAAGAUAGCGACCAAGGCUGCGAAAUUUUGUUGGAACUGCAUCCAGUCACGUCAUCUUCCAGAACGACCUCGGAUGACUGGCAUGAGUUUACAAUCUCAUCCUACAACGAGUCCAACGAGUAUGCAGAUCACUGCCAUGGGCGUAUCUGCGUUGAGUACGGCGCACCGGCGGCAUUGAAGCCGGCCCGGAAGUAUCCAGACCCUGAAGAGCUGUACGCUAGAUCCGAUCGCCGUAUGAAUCCCGUGGCACUAUACUCAUGUCUCGGAGAGCUGAAUUCGCACUACGGCCCGCGAUUUGCAUUACUUAAAGAUGAAAUUGCCGUUGGACCUGGAUUUGCAGUCACGCAGAUAUCCUUUGACCCUAGCUUCCAGUCCGCGCACGAGCUGGCCGAGGGCACGAUUAUGCAUCCAACCUUCCUGGACGCGUCUUGGCAUGUAAUGUUCCCAGUGAUUGAGGCUUUGCUAGGGAGACAGAUCACCACAGGCUAUGUGUCGACCUUUAUGGGAUCCAUAGACGUUUCAGGAGCGUUUGCAUCGAAGGCUGGAAGCUCGGAUCUACAGCAAUACACGGUCUCCACGUUCACGCAGCUCCCGAGUCCCCGGGUGGCCAUAAAUGACAUUCUCAUCUACCAGCUCGAUGGAAAUAUGAUGGUCGAAGCUCGUGACAUUGAGGCCACGGCUAUGCAGACAGAUUCCGCCAGGUCCAAGGAUCGCACGCUGUUUUUCCGGCAGCGCUGGCAGCCAUGCUUCGAGUUUCACGAGCAUAACGAUAGAGCGAGCCUCUUCGAGCUCCUUGAGAUCUAUAGCUUCCAAUACCCGACAUCAAAGAUCCUCUGCAUCACUUCGCAAGAGGAGGAUGUCAGGGCGAUUAUACCCCAUAUAUGGUUCUCCGGCACGCAACGUCCCCGGUUUGCAAAACUCGACAUUUGGACCGACAAAGACCAGAACAGUUUCGCUCAUAAUUUGGAGAAUUUCUCAGACGAGCUGGUCAGUGUCUAUGAGCCAAAGAAUAACUAUGAUCUUAUCAUUCAUUUGCCCAAUACAAUGAAUCUUACCCAAGAAAGCCUCGAGUCGUUGCUUUCUCCCAGGGGAUUCUUGGUACGUAUACACUCUGAAAAGCAGGAUGCACUUCCUUGGAACGACUGUCGAGUCUCUCGACGACAGAUCCCAGAUAAAGAUGCAAUAGACCUGGCGAUCAUCAUGCCGUCCUCUGGCCUGACCGCUUCACGGACCGAAUGUAUAGUCCAAAAACUUCGAGACUCCCAGGCCACACAGACAGUCACGGAGGUGGAUCCCAUUUCAUUACCCCGGGAAGAACUUCCAGCCUCGACAGUGGUGGUGCUUGCAAGUUUGGACGAAGACAUCAAGAAAUCCGAGGAUCGCUGGGUUGGUAUUCGUGAUUUGCUCAACCGCGAGAAUAUCACUGUGGUCUGGUUGUUACAGGGCGCUACCAAUGAGUGCAGCAAUCCUGAUCAGGCCGCAAUCUUGGGCGUCCUCCGCACUAUUCGCAACGAGAACCAGCAGUCUCGAUUCAUCAUGCUGGACGUAGAAGCGGCUAGCUCCGACACUCUCAUCGUGAAACGUAUACUUCAGGCGGCCGAUCCGAGCAAUACGGAGGAAGAGUUUGCCGACAGAUCAGGGUGUCUGUAUAUCCCUCGUGUUGAAGAAGAUGUCAAUCUCAACCGCAAGCUGCCGCACGGAAUUGGCAACGAGCCAAAACUUGAACGAUUUGGUGAUCAUCCUGCCCUGACUUUGAAAAUCGGACAGGUGGGUUUGUUGGAGUCAUUGCACUUUGCCGAAAACGACGACAUUACAAGGCGGCCUCUUCAGGACAAUGAGAUCGAGGUGAAAGUGAUGGCUUCUGCUAUCAACUUUCAUGACAUUGCCGUGGCGAUGGGCAUCAUUCAAGAUCACAAAAUGAGUGGCGAGUUUGCAGGAGUCGUCACAGCCGUCGGGAACAAGAUAGACAGCGCCGAAUUCCAACCAGGAGACCGUGUCGUUGGCUUUAGCCCUGGAAUGGGCGCCCAUGGCUCGCUGGUGAGGACGCACGCUUUGUUCUGCCAUAAGGUCCCUGAAUCGGUCGACUUCCCUAUUGCUGCAUGCCUUCCGGUCGUUCUAUGCACAGCUAUGUACUGUCUCGUUGAUAUUGCUCACCUUCAGCCGGGAGAGACUGUUUUGAUCCAUGCGGCUGCCGGUGGCGUGGGGCAAAUGGCCGUUCAGAUUGCCCAAAACAUAGGUGCGAAGGUCCUAGCCACGUGUUCCAAGCCAAAAAGAGAAUUCCUCAAGCGUCAAUAUGGCCUCUUGGACUCUCAGAUAUUCUCCUCCCGGGAUGACUCUUUUGUCCAAGGGGUCUCCGAAGCAACUGGUGGUCAAGGUGUUGAUGUCAUUCUGAACAGCUUGGCCGGAGACUUGCUACAAGCAAGUUGGGGAUGUGUAAAGACCUUCGGCCGUUUUGUCGAGAUCGGAAAGCGAGAUAUCCAUCAGAAUUCAAACCUCGGUAUGGAUGUCUUUCGCAGGAACGCAACGUUUACUGCAUUCGACAUGGUCACUGUGUUUGAAGAGAGACCAGAGGCUGGCCGCAAGAUGCUUUCUGAUGGUCUUGGUCUUUAUUUCCGAGGCGAAGUCAGCCCGCCGGAAGCACUUCAUGUCUUCCCUUACAGUCAGGUUGAAAAUGCAUUCCGCAUGCUUCAGCUUGGCAGGAAACCGGGGAAGAUCGUCAUGAUCCCAAAUGAUAAUGACAUGGUCAUGGUCAGACCACCAGGCUACCAACACAGGCAGCUCUUCGGUCCUAAUAAGUUCUAUCUUCUCGUGGGCGGCUUAGGUGGACUAGGCGCAGCUCUCUCCGAGUGGAUGUACCUUCGCGGAGCGAGGAAAUUUGCAUUUCUGUCUCGCUCCGGAGACCAGAAGCCAGACGCGAAGAAGACAGUGAACUGGCUGAGAUCGAAAACUUGCGAAGUCAUCGUCUUCAAGGGCGAUGUCGGCCUGCUGUCUGAUGUUGAAAGAGUGACAACAGCCAUUGGGACGUCCCUCGCUGGCAUCUUCCACCUAGCAGCUGAUUUUGAAGACACAAUGAUUCGGACCCUGACAUUGAAGCAGCUACGACAUGCUCUCCACGCAAAGUGUCAGGGAGCAAUGAACCUGCACCUCGCCACGAGCUCUGGCAAGCUGGACUUCUUCGUCUGUGUUUCGUCUGGUGCUUCCGUAUGGGGAAACCGAGGACAGGCACCGUAUGUUGCUGCAAAUGCAUGGCUUGAUGCAUUCGCCCGCUGGCGUCGGGAGCAGGGCCUUGCUGCUACCACCAUGAAUGCUGGGGCUGUUACCACUCGAGGGCUUAUAGCCGAGAGUGAUAUUGCCCGCCAAAGCCUGGAGAGAAACAAGCUAGACAAAAUCACCGAGCAGGAGCUUCUAUAUCAGGCGGAGGAGGCUGUGUGUCUUGACUUCCCCGAGGGCGAUCCCAAGGGCCUGGACUGGCACCAGGUGAUCAUCGGGAUCAAUGUCGCUGAUCCUGAUGUUUACUGGUCUGGUCGCUCCUUAUUCCGUGGCCUCUAUGCCAACCGAAAAUACGGGGCUGCAACAAUCAGCAAAGGAGCAAAGAACCUUGCCGCACUUUUGCAGACCGCAUCCAGUGUUCAUGAGCGAACCGACAUCGCCCUCGAGGCCUUUAUCACCAAGGUGGCUGGUGUGUUGGGUACUCCACCUGAAUCCAUCACCCCUAGCAAUGCUCUGUCGUUCUAUGGCCUGGACUCGAUUGUUGCUGUGGAAUUCAGGAGAUGGUUUAAGGACGUGACCGGCGUUGAUGUGUCCUUGUUUGAUAUUCUUGCAGCCCAGUCAAUACACGACCUGGUAGGAAAGGUGGUGUCAGCAAUGCCUACCGCAGUUGAAGGGCAGUCGAACGGAGCCCUCCCGGACAGCAACACAAAGAAACCCAAACGAGGAAUGUCCCAUCGCUCCGAAGCAACUUUCCAUUUGCCUAGAUCCCGGUCUGCAGGUCCUGUGCCGCCGUCGGCUUUUCAGGCACCUUUCGUUUCGAUGUUGGACAGGCUGGGGGACAAAGGGCUGGCAAACCUGAUGGCAAGCUUUCGACUGAAAGGGGCCCCAUCGAUCGAGAUACUCGAUAGCACCCUUCGCAUGGUAGUUGAUAGGCACUCUGCUCUCCGGACCGCGUUCUCCCAGGCCAACAAGUCUAUCUUCCAGGAAGUCCUCCCAGCCGGAGGCUUUCUACUCAGACACCAUGACCUGUCCCACCAGUCUUUCUCUGCAAGUCAGAUAAAUGACUACAUACUAAAAGAGGAAUCCCAGCCGUUAAAUAUUACGAGGGGCGAAGUUGGAGCUGCUUUGCUGAUCAAAUUGCAGGAUGAUAUGCAUCUUCUUGCAAUCGUUGCUCACCCACUCUGCUUCGACAGAACGAGCCUUUCGGUCUUCCUUGAUGACUGGACCAGGCUCUAUGAAAUGGUAGCAGUAGAAGGGGAUCCAACUGCCGUACCGUACCCCCGAGCGACCUAUACUGACUUCACUGUCUGGCAAAAUGAGCAUCUAGCAUCCGACGAAAUCCUAUCCCACCUGCGAUAUUGGUCUUCGAACCUCAGAGAUGUUCCAAGUCCAUCGAGAGUGUUACUAUUAGAAAGUGAGGCCCGAUCCAUGGCUGUCGAUCCUGAGAGAAAUGAACACAGGCUGCAUUUGAAUCUAAAGUCACUCGGCCGCCUACGACGGAUUACCAGUAUGCUCAACGCUGCUCCAUUCCAUUUCCUCCUUGCAGCUCUUCGAGCAUAUAUUUUCCGCCACACUGGGGACAGUGACAUUGUCAUUCUGAAUGUUGUCGAUGGCCGGCCCCAUCCGGCCGUCGAGCAUCUGGUGGGCAAUUUCAUGAACAUGGUGCCCCUCCGCCUUCGAGGGGUCGGGGAGGAUAUGAUCUUUGAAGAUCUUGUGCUGUUCGCCCGAGAUGUUGCACUCCAAGGAGAGUCGCACAGCGACGUGCCUUUCGAUAUGAUUGUGAGCAGCCUUGGACUGGAGCGGACAGGGGAUUGUCUGCCCAUGGGCCAGGUUGGAAUCCAGUAUAGGACGAGUGCGAGCUCUGUUUCUUACAGCACAUCCGACUUCGUGGCGACUGUGGAGAAAAGAAUGAAGAUGCCGUCUGUGUUUGAGUUGUAUCUGGACGCAGAGGAGAGUGACGACGGGCUUGAUCUGUGGUUUAGCUCUUCUAAGGGUGUGCAUAGUGCAGGCCAGAUGGAGGUGUUUUCCCGCUCGUUCCAUGCGUUCUUGUCUUGUUUGAUUCAGGACCAUCGACAGCCCAUCAAGGAUACUACGCUUCCUAAUUGA